GUUACGUGAAUUACUUAUUAUAUUAUUUUUUAACUAUUUUUAUUUUUAAAUUUACAAUUUAAGUUCAUAAAAUAUUAAAAAAUUAAUUAAAGUAUAAAAAUAAAAAAAACUCAAAAAAGUUAAAAGUAAUAAAAAGGAAAUAAAAAUGGGACAAAUUAUUUGAAGAAGCAAAAUGCUUCACCUCAUAGAAAUCACUAUUUAUGAUGUUAAUUUUAAGCUAUUUUAACUUAUUUGAUAGAGGCAUCUAUUAAAAUUUAUUUUUUAUUUUUUUAGUUCUUACUUUUUGCAACUCUUGACAAACUGCACAUUUUUUUACUAACAAUUUUCUUUAUCAAUUUUGUAAACAAUAUAAUAUAAAUAAAAAAUGGUUACUCUUUUUGUUAAAUAUUUUUUCCGGGUUCUAAUUUCGUAAACAUGCUCUAAGACAAUUUACUUUAAAGAAGAAAAGUAAAAGAGUAAGAUUUUCUUUCAAUUUCAAAAUUUUACUUAGAAUGGAAAGAUGUUACCCAUGCUGUCUGUCAUUUCCCUUCAAAAAAAAUAAUAAAAGACAAUCUUCUAAUUAUAAUUUUAAACUGAGGGACGUGUUUAUUUUGGAAGGUCUCCGAAUAUGAGGUCAAACCAAAUCCAAUAUCAAAUAGGAAAAGCAAGGCAAAUUAAUGGUCAGAAGAAGAAUGCUAAAUUGCCUAUAAAAUGCUUUGAAUAAUUAAUUGACCAAAAGAGGGUUGAAAAUUAAUUAAAUAUAAAUAUUAUCCAUAAUUAGCCACAGUGGGGUGGUGGAAAUGGAAGCAGUCAUAACAGACGGCAAAUAGUAACACAACACAUUCCUUCCUUCCUUCCUUCCUAUUAUGAUUGGUUAGUGAAUUUAAUGUGUUUAAUUGACAAAGAAUUUUGAUUAAAGAUUCCUUAAGUUAAAUCCCACGUCGGCCAAAUAAUAUAAUCCAUCAAAUCACAAAUGAAAUAGGCAUGCAUAGAUUUGGCCGCAGGUUCCAUUAGUGGAAAACCCGCCAACUUCGGUCUUACCUCACCCCCCAAAACAAAAAAAACAACACCACACCAAUCUAUCUAUCUAUGUUUAACUCUCUAUUCCUCAUCGAAUUUAUGCUUUCCUAAUCCUAUCCAACCUUUUUGGACCUUAAUUAUAUCGAAACACCACUCAGGCCAUCUUUGUACAAACAAGCAAAAACUAUCCACAAUCUAAAGGAAGUUUUAGAAAGCUACCAAAUUAGUACUCGAGAUUGUUUGUACUUUAGAUGCAGCAGCAAAUGGGGCAAUUUGAUGUGGAGCAAAAGAAGAUGGAGGAGAAAUUAUAUGCAACCGAGCAUGAAAAAGACCGAGCACUGGCCGAGCUGAGAGCCAUGAGAAAGAUGAUUGAAGAGGACACCAAUGCAAAGCGCCGUGAAGAAUUAUCCAAACAGAAGAUUGAGGAGAUGCAUAGGGAGUUGAAUUCAGUCAAAGCUUCAUUAGCCAAUACUAAUGAAGAAAUGAAUAAAAAAGACAAAAUGAUCAACUCUCUUAAACUUGAACUUGAAAAGGCAAAAGGGUUGGAGCUGAAAUUGGAAGAAGAGUUGGCUUAUGUGAAAUCUUCUGAGGCUAAAACACUGGCCUUGUCAAGUGAAAGUGCGAAAAGGGUUGUUGAAAUGGAGGUGGAAGUUGAGAAAGGUAAGGAAUCAGGAACCAAAAUGUUUGAUUCCUUGAUAAGCCAGAUGAAGAAACUUGAGGAAACUCAAAUGUUGCUUGAAGAAUCAAAGGUUGAGAUUGCUUCUCUUCACCAAAAAGUAAAGACAUUGGAGAGUUCUACAGGGCAGACUGGUAUACAACAAAAUGGUCAUGUGGGGAAGGCAAUGGAGAGUUUGAAAUAUGAGCUUAAUAUGGCAAAAGAUAAUCUUGCUGAUGCAGAAGAGGUAGGCAAACAGGCUUGUUUAAAGGCCAACAGCUUGAUUAAUGAAUUGGAAUCUCUUAAAAAUGAACUGAAGUUGGCAACUGUGGCUGAAGAAAACAGCAAAAAGGCAUUAGAUGACUUAGCUUUAGCACUUAAAGAAGUGGCAACAGAAGCUAGUAGGGUGAAGGAAGAGCUUGGAUUAGCCAAGGCUGAACUAGAACACUCAAAAGGAGAGGAAGACCGUUUGAAUUUGGUUCUGAAGAGUAGUGAAGAAAUGUAUAAAAGACAUUUGGAAGAAGCAUUUAAAGAAGCCGAAAAGUACAAGAACACAGCUGAGAGGUUGAGACUAGAAGCUGAGGAGACCCUUUUGGCUUGGAAUGACAAAGAAACUGGCCUUGUUGAUUGUAUAAGAAAAGCUGAUGAGGAAAGAUCUAAUGCUGAACAAGAGAUUGCCAGAUUGGCUGAUUUGCUUAUCGAAGCCGAAAACAAGACAAGAUUAUCCAAAGAAGAGAAUAGUAAACUCCGUGAUAUACUCAAACAAGCAUUGAGUGAAUCAAAUGUGGCAAAAGAAGCCAUGUUGAUUGCUAAAGCAGAGAAUUCAGAGCUCAAGGACAGAUUGGCUGAGAAAGAAGAAUCCCUCAUUUUCAUUUCACGUGAAAAUGACAACUACAGGCUUAAUGAGGCUGCAGCUAUUGAGAAUAUCAAUGAGUUAAAAAGGUUGCUCUAUGAAGCCAGUGACCAGGAGUGUAAUAAGAAGGGAGGAGAGAAGGAAAAAACAAAUUCAAAAGUGGGGAAGACUAAGAUUGGCAAAACAUGGAGCUUUCAUCUCAAGGAGCUGAAACUCUUGAACAAAAAUGAUGAUGAAGAUGUAAGUGAAAAUGAAAUUGAUGAGGCAUUAAGGGGUUCAAUAUUUGAUGUGGUGGACUCUCCUGUUGAGGCUGAAACUGAUGUUAAUCAUCAUAGAAAGAAGUCUUCUUCUGUAUUCAGUAAUGAAGAUGAAGCAGUUAUUCAGUUGGAUGAUUUUGAUAAUCUUGAUGGAACCCAUUUUGAUGAUUUAGAGAAUGAUAGAACCUCAAGAAAGAAGAAAGCCUUGUUGAGAAGAUUUGGAGACCUUCUUAUAAGGAAAAGGAGUUUCCACAAGAAGGAACCUUCAGAGUAAAUAACUCUUCUUAUAUAUUGGUGUGUUUGUCAUGCCAUUUCUAAUUUUUGUUGUUCCCUUAUUUUAGUUCUGUACUAUUUUUAUUGUAAAUUGUUCUUUAUUAUUACUUUAUUAGAUACUACUACAAUUUUGAUUUUGUUUUUUU